AUGCAUACUGGACAGAAACCCUACAAAUGUAAUGAAUGUGGAAAAGCUUUUACGUGGAUCUUUGCCCUUAGUCAACAUAAGAGAAUUCAUACUGGAGAGAAACCCUACAAAUAUAAUGAAUGUGGAAAGGCUUUUACGUGUAUCUUGGCCCUUAGUCAACAUAAGAGAAUUCAUACUGGAGAGAAACCCUACAAAUAUAAUGAAUGUGGAAAGGCUUUUACAUGUAUCUUGGCCCUUAGUCAACAUAAAAUAAUUCAUAUUGGAGAGAAACCCUACAUCUGUGAAGAAUGUGUCAAAGCCUUUACCCGCUCCUCAACCCUUAUUAACCACAAGAGAAUUCAUAUGGAAGAGAGACCUUACAAAUGUGAAGAAUGCAGCAAAACCUUUAAGUGCUUCUCAGACCUCACUAAUCAUAAGAGAAUUCACACUGGAGAGAAACCCUGCAAAUGAGAAGAAUGUGGCAAAGCAUCGAGCUCGUUCUCACACUUCAUUAGACAUAAGAGAAUUCAUACUAGAGAGAAGCUCCACAAGUGUUAAAAAUGUGGAGAAGCCUUUAACGAGUUGUCAUAUUGUGUUCAACAUCAGAGACAAUACUGAACAAAUGCAGUAUAAAUUUAAUGACUGUUGAAGAACAUUCAACAUCUUGGAGGGUCUCUAAGAACUUGCUUUAUAAUCUGGGUGCUUUUGUGUUGGGUGCAUAUAUAGCCCUUUGCUAUUAUGUAAUGCCCUUGUCUUUUUUUGUUUUUUUAAAUCUGUGUUGAUUUAAAGUUUCUUUUUCCAGAAACUAGGAUUGCAAUCCCUGCUCUUUUUCUGUUUUCUAUUUGCUUGGUAGAUUUUUCUUUUUCCCUUUAUUUUGAACUUAUUUGAGAAGGGUGUCUCGAUUACAGCAUACCGUUAGAUCUUGAUUCUUUAUUCAGCUUGCUACCUAUUUUUUAAUUGGAGCAUUUAACCCACUUGCAUUUAGGGUUAGUAUUCAUAUAUGUGGAUUUGAUUCUGUCAGUAUGAUCUUAGCUGGCUGUUUUGCACAUUUUUUUAUGUGGUGGCUUUAUCGUGUCAGCAGUUUGUGUACUUCAGUAUGUUUUUGUAGUGACUGGUAAUCAUCUUAUUUAGUGCCUUCUUCAAAAGCUCAUGUAAGGCAGGUCUUGUGGUAACAGAUUUCCUCAGCAUUUGGUUUUCUGAAUAGGAUCAUAUUUAUUUUUUGCUUCUGAAGGUUACUUUGGCCGGAUAUGAACUUCUGAGUUAGAAUUAUUUUUUAAGAAUGUUGAAUAUUGGCCCUUAAUCUCUUCUAACUUGUAGGAUUUCGGUUGAAAGCUUUGUUUGUCUGAUGGGCUUCUUUUUAGAAGUAACCUGGUCUUUCUCUCUAGCUGCCUUUAACAUAUUUUUUCUUUGAUUUUGACCUUGGAGAAUCUCAUGAUUAUGUAUCUUGGGGAUGACCACCUCAGGGGGUAUCUCACUGGGGUUCUCCACAUUUUCUGCCUUUGAAUGUUGGUCUCUGUAUCUAGGUUAGGGAAGUUCUCAUGGAUGUUAUCCUGAAAUAUGUGUUUCAAGUUGUUUCUUACUCCCAUUGCUUUCAGGCACUCUCUUUAAUCAUAGAUUUGGUUUCUUCACAGGUUUCUUUACAUAAUCCCAUAUUUCUUAGAGGUUUUGUUCAUUCUGCUUUAUUCUUUCUUCACUAUUGUUGUCUGUCUUAUUGCAGAAAGCCAGUCUUGAGGCUCUGAGAUUCUUCCCUCUGCCUGGUGUAUUCUUCUAUUAAUACUUGUGGUUACAUUAUAAAGGUUUUGUAUUGUAUUUUUCAGCUCUAUUUGGCCAUAUUUUUCUGUAGACUGGUUGUUUUUUGCAUUAGUUCCUGCAAUUUUGUCCUUCCUUGCAUUUGUCCUUCCUUGCAACUUACUUUUGUAGCUCAAUGAAGUUUGUCUCUAUCCAUAUUCUGAAUUUUGCUUCUGUCAUUAAACUUAGGCCAUACUGGAAAUGUAAUUUGGUCAUUUGGAUGAAAGAAGUCACUCUGGCUUUUUGUGUUUUCAACAUUUUUGCACUGAUUUUCUCUCAUCUCUGUGGGCAUAUCUUUGAAGUUGCUGAACCUUGAAUGGGGUUUUGGACUUUUGGAUCCUGUUUGAUGGUCUUGAGUAUUUGAUUGUGGUAAAAGGUGGAUUCAGCCAACAAGCUUUGUUCCUGGGAGGUUUUUUUUGUUUUGUUUUUGUUUUUGUUUUUGUUUUUUGGUGGUGGAGAGGAGGUAAUGCUCAGCUCACAACUCAGUCUGUAUACUCUAACUCUGGGGGACUUGUAUUGAACCCCAACUGUGUUCUGUGGCUCCUUGUGAUUUGGAGUCCACCACUCUAUGGGACUAAGGUGCCACAGCUGUAGCAGAGUGCUAGUGGAUACGGGGUUUCUGCCUGUCUUUGGGUAUUCACCUCAGUGGCAGGAGCAAAGCUGCUGGCUGGGGAGUGGGGGUUACCUGCUGGAGACUGUGUGCUGUUGCACUAAAGGUGGUGUUGGCUUGGGGCAGGAUACUGCCCAGUGAAGGUUUUGAUGCCUUCUCUGUGUCCCCCAAGAAGGAGUGAUUGUUCAGAGUGUGGGAGGAUACCCUGUUCUCCGCACAGUGUUACCACAAAGGCCAGGGUGGGGCUUUCUGGCUGUCUACCCACCAAAGCUUCACCUACAAUGGCAAUUGCUUGGGGGUGGCAGGGUCAUACUGCAUUUCCAUUUGAUGGUGGGGCAAGCAAAGCCAAACUCACCUUUGCAGACAUAUGCCAGCAAACUAAUUUGGGGAGUUGUCAUGGUCUCAGGGGAAGCUGUAGUAUGGGGAAGAAACAUGUGGGCCGGUCCAUUCAUAGAGGCUGCCUUGCUGUAGCUCUUCAUGGGUCAGGUAUGGCCCACCAGUGCAUAUGCUCUGAUAUGGGCUCCUAAUGUACCUGAGACUGCCCUGUAAGCAGCUGUGGUCAGACUGGGUCCCUGGGAGAGGCCAGCAGACCAAGGAGUGCUCAGUUGGACCAGCUUCUUCUGAUUUGCAAGACCAUCCUGCAGAAAUUAGGUCCAACAGUUCCCGUAAGGAUAAAGUCUCUUAUGGGAGAAAGUUGAGCCUACAGAAAUGGCCAUCAAUGGCCACACUUUAUUACAGAUGCUCUUGAGCUCAACCGUCUGGGCACCACAUGAGCUGGCUUGCUGUCCCACCUCUUUGCUUGUCUUCUGGGGGCUGCAUCUCAGAGACAUUUAGGCCAGUAAUCACUCAGUGCAGUCUGCCCAGGAUGGAGGAUCUGUGCUUUUGGCCAAGUUAGUUGUUCACUGUCUGGUGAUGAGCAGUGUGUAGUUUGUGGGACCCAUGGAGGAUGGACUGGCCUCCUCUCCUUGGGUAAACUGCAGCUUGUUUGAGGUGUGAAUAAGGCACUUAGGGUUUUGGAUUUUUCGUUAGUCUGAGAGUAGCAAGGAGAGUUCUACUGCAGAAACAGAGGCAGAAAUAUUUUCAGUUGCCCCUGGAGGCUCUGUCCAGGGAGUUUCUAAGUUGCUACUGGCUCAAUAGCUCUGGAAGAAAUUGGCUAGUGGCCCAGGCCUGGAGAACCUGACCAGUGAGAAUAUAUGAGAAAAGGCACUCACGUAACAGUCUGGCCACUUUACUGAAGAGCUGCUGCAGUAUGCUGGGUGUCCACUGCAGUUUCUAGUCACCUGAGAUUUUCCAGCACCUGACUUUUAACACCACUGAAUGCUGCAAAACAGCAACAAUGACAACAUGCCCUUUUCUCUAAGGGCUCCAUCCCAGGGAGGUACAGGACUGUUUCCAGCCCCAAAGCACCUGUAGGAGGUACCUGGAAACCCCUGUUGAAAAGUCUUAGCCAGUGAGGAGAACAUGAUUGGGGACCCACUUAAGAAAGCAGUGUAGGCUGGGCGCAGUGGCUCACGCCUGUUGCCCUAGCACUUUGUGAGGCCAAGGUAGGUGGAUUGCCUGAGCUCAGGAGUUCUAGACCAGCCUGGGCAACAUGGUGAAAUCCUGUCUCUACUAAAAUACAAAAAAAGAAAAUUAGCUGGGCAUGGUGGCAUGCACCUGUAGUCUUAUCUACUCAGGAGGCUGAGGCAGGAGAAUUGCUUGAACCCAGGAGACAGAGGUUUCAGUGAGCCAAGAUUGUACCACUUCAUUCCAGCCUGGCGACAGUGAGACUCUGUCCCACUCCAAAAAAAAAAAAAGCAGUCUAGCCACAUUUUUAUAGGAUAGCUCUGCUGUGCUGAAGUACCACUUCCACCCCCAGUUUAUUUGGGCUCUGCAAAGCCAGAAGGCUGGAACAGCUAAGUCACACAAACAGCAAAAAUGGCAGCUCACUCUUCCCUCUAGGAACUGUAUCCCAAAGAGGAUUCAAAACUCCUUUGAUCAAAGAGCACCGGUGGUGGUAGCUGGAGACCCUGGCUGGGAAGUAGUUUGCAGUUAGGAGGAACUAGAUUGGGGACCUGCUUUAACAGAUAGUCUGGCCAUGUCUUUUUAGAGGACCUGUACUGUGCUAGGAGAUCCUUUCUGCCCCCAGUCAGCUUGGGCUCUUCAAAGCAUGAAGGCUGGAAUGGCUAAGUUGCCCAAGAAGCAAAGAUGAUGGCCCAUUCCUCUUUCUGGUAGCUCCAUCCCUGGGGGGGUGCAGUGCUGCUACCAGUGGUUGGCUGGAAUUCUAAGCCAGUAGGUGUUACCCUGUGAGGCACUGUGGAAGUGGGUCCUAUGGACCAUCACUGCUCAGCCACUUGGGUCCCGCCUCUUUCCUAUGGGUAUGUACAGAGUUGUAAUGUCCUACUUUGCUGGAGUUGCAGCUACUUUUUCUGGGAAGCCUGGAAAGCCAGAGUAUCUAAGACUCUUGAAUCUCUAUGCGGGCCUCAGUGGCUGCUCUGCUGAGACUCCAUGUAGCUCUGUGUGUUAAACUGAAGGCCUUGGUGAAGUGGGUUCAUGAGGGUAUCUCCUCACCUGAAGGUUGCAAAGGUCUGUGGGAGAAUCAUGGGUUUCUAGGGUCACACAUGCACUCACUGCCUUACUGGGUGGGGAGGUUCCCUUCGCUCCAUGUUGUUCCCAGGUGGCCCAUUGUCCUGCCUUGCUUUACUCCAUUCUCCGUAAGUUAAGUUGUUUCUUUCAUUAGUUCCAAUGCAAGUACCUGGAUGUUUGAGUUGAAGGUGCUGUAUCUACACACACCUUGCAUUCCUCUCUAUGAGAGCUACACAGUCUAGCUCCUUCUACUUUUUUAUUUUAAAAGAAUUUAAUAUAUUUUCAAAAGCAAGUAUUCAUAUAAUUUAACUCUUACAUUUGAUGCUAUGUCUUCAUUCUAGAAUUUAUGUGAAAGAACAUGGUCAAUGGUUGCUGCACCAGAGUUAGGAGAAGGUCUUCCAUAUUAGAUAAAAAGAUUUAUAUACUUUCCCAUGGAAGAUUAAGGAAACUGAAAUCUAAGAUACAUGAAGAAAUUCUAAGUGGAAAGGCCACUUAGUUGUUGGCUUAUAGCAGUAUUAUAAGUGACAGGGUGAUAGAAGUGUGGUAAGUGAUUAGGAUAAUAUUCUGCAUAGUAAGAGAAACAAUUUGAAUUUUAGAAGAAAAUUGCUUUACCAUUUGCAAACUAAGGUAAUUAAAAUACAGUGAAUUUCAAAAUGCCUUUUUAAUGACAAUGUGUGAACUUGUUUUAAUAAACCAAAAUUGUUCUUGUUGUGUUAAGGCUAUUUUACACCGAAUGUGUAUCUUGCCACUGAUGUUAACUUAUCCCAUCUUACCCAAGGUUGUAGGUCAACAGAUGGUAACAAUAUGCUAUUGUGUGACUGUGGAAUAACAUCUCUAGUGAUUUCUUUGUCAGUGGUCUUUAACUUAACAUAAUUUGGAGAAUAUGAUUCCUACAAAUUAACAUUUUUGUUUUUCUUGUAACUACAGGUUAUU